GGAGCGUUCAGUCGGUGCCCGACCUUCCACCUGCGCAGGUGUGUGCAUUCGAGACUCUCCUUUCUUUUUCACGUUUUUUUUAGUUCCUCCCAAGGACUUUAUUUCGUGACUUUCCUUUUUGUGUGUGCGCCUCCUCCAGCCUCAUCCGUCAUCGGGAGAAGAGAAUCGUGUCGUGAGCAUCAAUAACACCAAAAAGUCCCAUCCGAACGAAAAAGCAAAACUUGCUGGCUACACCACCCAGCUUAUGUUAAUUGCAUCGCCCGGUGCAGAGUAGAGGGCAAUGAAACGACCUUGCCGUAUAAAUCUCUGCUUGCCGUUUGUCCAAGAGAAGAAGAAGCUGAGCUGUUGAGCAGCUUUGGCCGUCUGUGUGCCAAUUCUUGGCCCGUGUCCAACUCUCCGCUACAAGAAGAAAAGGUGCAGCUGUCGGGGAGGAAACCACGUCAUCUCUUCAACUGGCUACCCACCAUCUUCGCUGUCCAUGAAUCUUUGAAUCGUUCUCUUGUUUGGGCCUUUUUUCUUCUUAUUCGCAUGACACACAUACCUCCUUUUCCCCCCGUGAUUUCGUGUGCGUGUCUCUCCAUUCGGAUGGAUAAGAUGCUGAUGGCUGGAUAGGUGCUUAAUUCAUCCGCAUUCUUUUCUUAGCCAUUGUUUUCGCUCGAUGCCUUUUGGACAUGGCAAGACAAAUUGUGAAUUGUUGAAGGAAGUUUUGAAAGUUGUGUGAGUGUGUGAGUGUGCUGGAUAGGAAAAUGUUGGAUCAACUGAGGAGAUUAGUCAAUGGAUCUAGUGGCGGCCAGACGGACGGUAUUCCACCUUCGGGCAGUGCUAGACAGAGUAGAUACCAGCAGCAGCAUGGACACUCUUCCGGCGGAUCUACACGAUCCGGAUCGCUGAGCAGGUUGACUGCUUAUGCCCUGCAUCCGCAACAUUCCGGUCGAAUGCGGAUGCAACUUUCUUACAACGUUGUUCCAGUUUCUUAUGUGGCACCUCCGCAUCCUGUGGCCGUGGCUUACGGCCGGAAUGGGCGGACCGCUGUCGUCGGCUACGAUCCGUGGUUCCAGGUGAGAUAUCCGCAACAACCUCGGACGCCAGUCGGUCGUCAGCUCUCUGCCCGGCCUGAUCUUGCCCCUCCGCCUCAACAAUCGCAUCCGCCACCACCUCCGUCCAGCCAUUCCAGCGGGAAGAAGAAAAGUGUCGGCAGUAAACAUUCGGAAUUGAGCAAAGAGGAAUUCCGGCAUCCAACCAUCCGCAGGGACACGGUCGUUCCCAACAACAGACACCGAUUGGUUCCUAGCCGGAGUCUCGACAGUAUUCAUCCGCACCGAAUCCAUCACCACCGGCAGGAGAAGCAGCAGAGCGUGACGGAAGCGGAAGUGAAAUCGUCGGGCAAGAAGAUGAAGGAAUUCUUCCAGCGGGUCAAAGAUUCCGUGUCCAAUUCCGCUACGACUAACGGAGGACAUCAAUCAAACGGAUCCAGCGGAGGAGGACAGGGUCAGCGGACAGACGAGUGGCUUCUACACCGUCCCAGUGUCAAUGCCAACAGUUCGAAACCCGUUCCGCCUCCUCCGCUUCAACGUCCCACGACGCCCGGAAUGACGGCCUUCCGUAAAAUCUUUUCCCGCUCACCCAGUCCCACUCCGCCAGUUCCCUCGGGGCCUUUAGUCCCUCCGCCAUCGCAUCCAAUCAAAAAACCUCUUUCAUCCACUAAAUCUUUGUUUCAGCAAAUCAUCCGCCCGCGGAGUCGAUCCGUUUCGAGCACGGCUUCCCUCUCGGUCAACUCGGCGGCUCAUUCCGGCGGUGCCAUCCGCCAUUUCAACCGGAUGAUGAAGGAGAAAUCCAAGACAGAUCUCAAUAUCGUCCACCGUAACGACGCCGGAUCGAUACGUCGCGGUAAUCCGGACGGGGCCACAUUCCCCAGAGAUUCUCCAUUCCAUCUGGCCGGAACGGAAUCUUCUGAUUUGCUCAUUUACGCUCCGGCCAGUGAACCAGCCAAAUCUUCAUCCGUCAUGACGACCACAUCCAACAACAGCAACAACAAUAACAACAACAACAGCAACAACAAGAAUCCGUCCAAAAAGACGAAAUUCGUCAAGAAAAUUGAGCAGCCGGUGGCUGGAUUCCGGGUGAAGCGACGCCAGUCUCAAUUGAGACGAUCAGAGCGGAAGCGUCGGAGUAGUCGCCACCGAUCCGGCCGUAAAAAGAGCAGCCGGAACAGUAGCUCCGGCAGCAAGAAGCUUGGCAGUAGCAAAGGCUCACAGCUGGGCAGUCAAUCAGCUCUGAGCGGCGCUAAAUUGGUAUCUGAUUGGACAUACCUACCGCUGCCAACAUCUUUCACUCCGGUGGAAGAAGCCAAACCGCGGACAGCGUCGCUCAAGAUCGUCUGCGAUCCGCCGGAAACCAAAUCGACGCCACCGACGGCCGUAUCUAAUGAAGAGGAUGACGACAACGGCUGGGAAUCUGAUUUGUAUCAAGUUCUGGUGGAUCGUGGCCAGCCUCGUCGCAGUGGCCCUCUGCCUCCGCCCAUGUGGGACCCGCUCAUUUUCAUCCCUCCCGAGCGACGUCGCUCUUCAGCGGCGACAAUCACGCUCAACGAGUCGGCCAUUUUGGUGGCCGACCAACAGCCUUGGAUCCGCUCGUCUAAAUUGCGGGCCGACGGCAAGAAACAGCUCAGACGAAUCAAUCCGCCACCACCUCCUCCUCCGCUCUCACCAUCUUCAUCACGAUCCAGCAGUGGAGAUAUUACGCAAAAAGGAUACGAAAAGAAACGGUCCCGGCUCCUGGCUCCUUACCUGCCCAAACCACCAACGUCGUCGUCCGUUUCAUCCACCGCUGCUGGAAUUCAACAACAACUAAACAGCCCCAAUAAAGCUGGACCUGUUGGUAGCCUCCCGGAUGAAGGAGGAGCUGGAAUGGUCGAGUCGAGUCAUUCGGCUGACGGUGGUGGCGGUGGUGGAUCGCGGGAGAGGAGGAGAGCCCACCGGAAGGCCACUCGACACGAGAGUCGCUACCAUUCAGAGGUCCGCCAAGAAGCCGUCCAGCAAGUGCUGGCGGCCAUGCAGAGUCGUCCGAAACCUUCGAUGCCGAUGCCGAGCAAACGAACGUCGACCGUCAUCGCUCCCGACCAGCAACAACAACAGAUGGCCGUCUCCCAACAACAACAACAUCCUUCUCAACAACAACAGCAGCAGCACGGGAGCGUCCAGCAGCCCAGAGGAUCGCUAGAUGGCAGCAGCAGCGGCGGGAGUAGCAGCGAAGUCGACGACGACGAUGAAGAGGUGGACGACGACGACGACGACGACGAUUGUCACCAUCGACCACCACCUCCACGACAACAACAACAACAACAACAAUCAGUCGCCUCGAGUGGAUCGGGCGGAAUCGUCGGCACACCCGAACGAACCCACAGGAUGCAUGUGAUGGGGCAACCGCCGGUUUCCCAGCAUUCUCCGCUGCAGCACCAAGUGUCGGACGCGGGGAGUAGCCACAGCGCUGGAUCGACUCGCAACGUGACGCCUCCGCUUUCCAUCCAGCAGGGCAGACCUCUUCCGGCUCUGCCUGUGUCUCCGCCACCACCUCAGCUGCCGCCCAGGGAAACUGGACUGCAGCACGCCAUGUUGAACCGGGUGGGUAAUGGCGGGACGCCUACGACGUCCAAUUCGUGGAUGAUGCCUCCGCCCGGAAGACCGGCAGCACCUCCGCCGCUGGUUUCAUCCACCAACCUGGACGACGACUGGGAGAACAGCAGCAACGACAGCAACGACCUCCAACGACGCAGGGUACAGCCUGGCCAGCAUCGCGGCAUGGGCCAGCAGGGCGACCUCAACGAUUUGGCCGAUGCCAUGGCGGGAUUUCAUCCAUAUGCUCAACCGCCGGAUGUGACCAACAACACGAAUCAAAUCCGGCGAACGGCCACGGCAGCUGCGGCCGAUCGUCUGGGCCGCUACGGAAUCAUCGGAGGCUCGGCGGCCACUCAGUCAUCCAACGCGUCGACGACGGGCGUGGGCGGACAUCCGAUGCAGACCCAAGUGCCCCAGGCCGGCACUUCCUCCACCUCGCUGGACGACUCGACGACGGGCACGCUCAACAGCCUCAACGGCCGCUGGAAGGUCUCGGCCAAGAUCCAGCAGCUCCUCAACACGCUGAAACGGCCCAAGCGUCGCCCGCUGCCGGAAUUUUACGAAGAUGACGACAUCGAACUGGAACUGGCGGCCAAUCCCAAAGAUCCGAACGCUCCUAAACCAGAAGGCGGUCCCAUGACGCCGGCCCUUGGCGAUCAACUCAUCAUCCCGUCGGGUCUGCCAAGGUCACUGGAAGCGGCCAUCCAGCGUUAUGGCUCGUCGAGCUACAAAGCUGCCGCCGCCACCGUCCUCGACCCCAACGGCAAAAUGUUCACCACUUUGACUUACGGCAAAUUGCAGAGCCGCUCUUACAAGAUCGCCUACGCUCUGCUGAACAAGUUGAGCAAACAUGGCGGCGGUGGGGUGGUUGGAAGCGGGACGGCCGAGCUGCUGGGCAGCUCGAGCGUCAAACCUGGCGAUCGGGUCGCUCUGGUCUACCCCAACAGCGACGCCAUCGGUUUCAUUUGCGCUUUUUACGGCUGUCUGCACGCCGGAGUCGUGCCCGUUCCCAUCGAAGUGCCACUGACGAGACGCGACGCUGGAUCGCAGCAGAUCGGCUUCCUGCUGGGCUCGUGUGGCGUCCAGGUGGCCCUGACGUCCGACAUUUGCCUCAAGGGCCUGCCAAAAACGGCCUCCAGUGGCGAAGUCAUCGCUUUCAAGGGAUGGCCCAAAUUGCACUGGUGCGUCACCGACAACCUCAUCAAACCACCCAAAGAUUGGCAGCCGCCACCCAAACUACAGGACGAUACGCCCGCCUACAUUGAGUAUAAAACCGAUAAGGAAGGAUCGGUGAUGGGAGUCACCAUCACCCGGUCGGCCAUGUUGUCCCACUGCCGAGCUUUAACAGCCGCAUGCUCCUACACCGAGGGCGAAGUGGUCGUUUGCGUCCUGGAUUUUAAGAGGGAAGUAGGUCUCUGGCACGCUGUCCUGACGGCCAUGCUCAACGGCAUGCACAGCAUUUUCAUCCCCUACGCUCUGAUGAAAACCAAUCCGGCCUCGUGGAUGCAAAUGAUCACCAAGUACAAGGCCAGUUUGGCCGUCGUUAAGUCGAGGGACCUCCACUGGGGUCUGCUGGCCACUCGGGAUCACCGCGACAUCAACUUGUCCUCGUUGCGGAUGCUCCUGGUGGCCGACGGAGCCAAUCCUUGGUCCCUGUCGUCUUGCGACCAGUUUAUGGCCGUUUUUCAGAGCAAAGGACUCAGGGCUGACGCCGUCUGCCCCUGCGCCGCAUCCAGUGAAGUCCUCACCGUCUCCUUCCGGCGGCCCGGACGCUCGGGAGCCAACGCCACUGGUCGGGGCAUCCUGUCCAUGCAGGGAUUGAGUUUCGGAGUGGUUCGCGUCGACCAGGAGAAUUCGUUGACGUCACUGACGCUCCAGGAUUGCGGGCACGUCAUGCCCGGUGCCGCCAUGGUCGUGGUCAAGAUGGAAGGGCCGCCUUACCUCUGCAAGACGGACGAAGUGGGCGAGAUUUGCGUCGGCAGCGCUUCCGGCGGAGCUCAUUAUUGGGGAUUGAAGGGCAUGUCGAACGCCACCUUCAGGGUCCAGCCGCUCUUGCCAUCCGGCGACGCCAUGAGCGCCGAAACGGAAUUCAUCCGCAGCGGAUUGCUGGGCUUUCUCGGUCCCGGUGGCUUGGUCUUUGUUUGCGGCUCACGUGACGGCCUCAUGACCGUCACCGGACGCAAACACAACACGGAUGACAUCAUCGCCACUGUCCUUGCCGUCGAGCCCAUGAAGUUCAUCUACCGAGGCCGGAUCGCCGUUUUCAGCAUCCGGGUACUGAGGGACGAGCGGAUUUGCGUCAUUGCCGAGCAGAGACCCGAUUGUUCCGAAGAAGAGAGUUUUCAAUGGAUGUCGCGAGUCCUCCAGGCUGUCGACUCGAUCCACCAAGUUGGCAUCUACUGUCUUGCCCUCGUUCCACCCAAUUCGCUUCCGAAAACUCCCCUUGGCGGAAUUCACCUGUCUGAGACUCGGCGCCGCUUCAUGGAAGGUUCCCUUCAUCCGGCCAACGUUCUGAUGUGUCCACACACUUGCGUCACAAAUUUGCCGAAGCCUCGCGAAGUCCAUCAAGACCGAAUUUUAACGUCGACUCCCGAACCGAUCACUACUACCCCACUAACAUCAAUUCUACUACCACCUCCGCCCGGUUUCUCCCUCUCUCGUCCUCCGUCUCGAGAGCAAGACCUUCUGAUGCUGAUGGCCGACAGUGAGUUAUUGGACGAUCGACUCUACCACUACCAACAACAUCGCCAACAACAACAGCCCAUCUACUCCAAUAUUCUGGAUAUCGGUCCAGCAUCAGUCAUGGUGGGCAAUAUUGUCCAGGGUAAUCGUUUGGCGGCCGCCCAGGGCCGCGAACUUCGUUUCGGUGACGACGAGGCCAAUCCUGCCAACAAGUACCGCUACAUCUCAGAGAUCCUGCAGUGGCGGGCCCAGCGGACGUCCGACCACGUCCUGUUCACUCUGCUGGGAGCCAAAGGCACGCCGACUGGAACGCUGUCGUGCGCCCAGCUCCACAAAAGGGCCGAGAGAGUGGCCUGCACUCUGGUGGAGCGCGGCCGGAUCAACAGCGGCGAUCACGUGGCUCUCAUCUAUCCGCCCGGAUUGGAUCUGGUCUGCGCCUUUUACGGCUGCCUCUACGUCGGAGCCGUUCCAGUCACCAUCCGCCCACCUCAUCCGCAAAAUCUCCCGACGACUUUGCCGACGGUCCGCAUGAUCGUGGACGUCAGCAAGGCCUCGGUCAUCUUAUCCAACGCCAACGUCAUCAAGUUGCUCAAAUCAAAAGAGGCCGGCAGCGUGAUGGACGUACGGGCCUGGCCUCCCACCCUGGACACGGACGACAUGGCCAAGAAGAAGUUGAGCAGUUUCUACCGGGCCCCCACCGCCGAGAUGUUGGCCUACCUGGACUUUAGCGUCUCGACGACGGGCAUGCUGGCCGGCAUCAAAAUGUCUCACGCGGCCACAACGGCCCUCUGUCGAUCCAUGAAGCAGGCCUGCGAGCUUUACCCGUCCAGGCACGUGGCCCUGUGUCUCGACCCUUACUGCGGACUUGGCUUCUCUCUGUGGUGCUUGUCCAGCGUCUAUUCUGGUCAUCAUUCGAUAUUAAUCCCACCGUCGGAAGUGGAAGUCAAUCCGGCCGUCUGGCUAUCCAUCGUCAGCCAAUACAAAGUCCGAGACACUUUCUGCUCCUAUGGCGUGAUGGAGUUGUGCACCAAAGGAUUGGCCACUUCCGUCGGACUGCUCAAGCAGCGCGGCCUGAAUUUGGCUUGCGUUCGCACCUGCGUCGUCGUAGCCGAAGAACGGCCCAGAGUCCAUUUAUCCACGAGCUUUUCAAAACUCUUUUCCGGAUUGGGUCUGUCACCCAGGGCCGUCUCCACCAGUUUCGGAUGUCGCAUUAAUGUCGCCAUCUGUCUACAGGGAGCAUCCAGCCCUGAUCCAUCCACCGUGUACGUUGAUCUGAGAGCUUUGAGGAACGACAGAGUGACGCUGGUGGAACGCGGAGCUCCUCACAGUUUGUGUUUGACCGAGUCGGGCAAAUUGCUUCCCGGUGUGAAAGUCAUCAUCGCCAAUCCGGACACCAAAGGCCAGUGCGGCGAUUCUCACCUGGGCGAAAUUUGGGUUCAAGCUCCUCACAACGCUUCCGGUUAUUUUACCCUGUACGGAGAUGAUCCGGCCGGAGCCGGAGCCGCUUCCGUCGACCAUUUCAACUCUCGACUCGUCACCGGCACCACUGGUGAAGCUUAUGCAAGGACGGGCUACCUGGGCUUCCUCAGGAGGACCGAAAGCGUCCAAUCAGAUGGAGAACUUCACGAUGCCGUUUUUGUCGUCGGAGCCCUGGAAGAGACUGUCGUGUUGCGUGGAAUGCGCUACCAUCCGAUCGACAUUGAAAAUACGGUGAUGCGAUGCCACCAGAAGAUUGCCGAAUGUGCCGUGUUCACAUGGACCAACUUGUUGGUCGUCGUUGUCGAGCUGGAAGGGACGGAAUCUGAAGCGUUGGACCUCGUUCCGCUGGUGACGUCCUCCGUCCUGGAGGAGCAUCAGCUGAUUGUCGGCGUCGUGGUGGUGGUGGAUCCGGGCGUCGUGCCCAUCAACUCGCGCGGAGAAAAGCAGCGCAUGCAUCUAAGGGACGGUUUCCUGGCCGAUCAGCUCGACCCCAUCUACGUCGCCUACAACAUGUAGUUUAAAACUAGUUGAAGCAGCUAUUAUCAAACUCUGUUGUUUGUCCUUUUUGUUUUUCCCCCCUCAUGUUUGAUUUCUUUUAAAAGAUGAAGAAUGGGGCGAUAAAAAACCAAAACAAUAUUUGGUCUGUCUGCGUGUGUGUGUUACUUGUAUCCGGAAUGGAUUAUUUUUUCUUUGUUGCACAUUUCGUCACACCAUCACAUAUUUUUGUUUGUUUGUUCUGGGGGUUGAAGAGAUUGGGGUGGUAAACACACACACACACCAGACGAGAGAGGAAAUAUCGAAAAACAAAUUCUUUAUCUUAGUUUUUGAACAUGUACUACAUUUCUGGGGUUGUACAUAAUAAUUUGUUUGUUUCGUUUUUCUGGAAAUUUUUUUUCGCAGGCCAGCAGCUUAUUAUAUUUCAUUUUUCACACAUAGCUACACACACACACACAAAGAAAAAAGUCAUUUUUUUUUCCAUUUCCCUCUUUAUUCUUUUCUCAUAUGUUUACAAUCAAUUUUAUUUUCCCCGAUUAUAAUUCUUUACUAAAAAAAAAAUGAUCUACAUGUGUCUGUCAUCUUAAUUUCCUUCAACACUCAUCACUUUGUUUAUUUUCUACUACCUUGGAUUAAUUUCUUUCUCUGGACCGUGUUUGUUUGUUUGGAUAUAUUCAAAAAUUAUUUGUCUUCAAUCUUUUCUUUUCCCACCUCCGAAUUUACGAGAAUGUAUGUAGUACCGGUUUACGUAUGUGCUUGUUUUUCUUUGCUUUUUUCUUUAUUUUAAAGAAACAAUUUCAGAUCUUAAGAAAAUUCUAUAUCUUUCCUACUCUCUCGCUAUCCAAAUAAGAAAAAAAAGCUGUC